UGUUGCUGUUGCUGUUGCUACUGCUGCUACUGCCAAUGCUGAUGCUAAUAAUCGCGCGCCCGUCACUGUUGUCACUUCGUCAAGAAAGCCCCAUUCCGUGGAAUUCCGCGACGAGUGGCACGUCGCCGUCGCCGUCGUCGUCGUCGUCGUCGUCGUCGCCGUCAUCGUCAUCAUACCAUAAACAUCUCGGUGCAUUGACAAACGAGCGUGAGCACGCGCGCGCGCAUGUGUGCGACACUAUAGACUUUGUCACCGUCACCAGCUCUCGGUCACCAAUUCGAGCGGAAGCCCAUCCGUUCGUUGACGAGCCGAGAUAGGUUAGCUGUCCGCUUGUCCACUUGAUCCGCUUCCUUGCACGCGCGAGCGCGCGCGCGCGCUCGCGGCACGAAGAUGUCGAGGAUCAGCCGCAAGAGAUACCUGCCGCCGUCUCCUCCUUGUCACCGUGCUCUUUGGCAGCAUCUUCGAGAGGCGGACGUUCGAGGAAGAUUCCUCACCGCGACGUCGUGAAACACUUGUCACUCGGAUACGUGCUCGAUAUGUUGACGGUUCUCGCGUCCCUCGCUUUACGUUCCUACGUUUCUCGCUACUCCUCGUCGUUAAUCGUAACUCCGUAACUGUUGUGACACGACGUUAUUGUUGUUAUACACGGCCGACAGACAUUCGCGAAAGUGACCCCAAGUUCUCGGAGUGUGUUAUGAACUGACUGACUAGCUACACACCACUUGUCCGUUUCUAGCCAUGAUCUGAUGCUGGCCAGUAUCUGUGGCAAGGCCAACUAGGAAUGAUCUUUGUUUCACACAUUCGUAUGCGUCACAGCCAGAUUAAAGCUAGGUCCCAGCGGGCCUAGCAUGGGCCACUAUGAAUCCGCCCGCUGCCAGCAAAUCGAGCACUCGCGGCUCUGGAUACCACCAAAAGGCUUUAGCUGAAAUUCGCAACUCGUUACUACCAUUUGCGAAUAUCGGCGGGGUUGGCGAGGUGGGUUCCAGCGCCGCUAGCACUAUCUCUACUGUAUCCACGACCAGCGGCAUUAGCUCCGCCUCAGGUCUCAGCGGGCUCUCUGGCGCCUCCGGUUCCACCGCUGACAAACCGGAUCAACGGCAAGCGUUGGGACAACUAUUAGCUAUGGGAUAUUCGGAGGAAACAGGAUUGCGCGCCCUGAAAUUCGCGGGAUGGCGAUUGGAUGCGGCGAUAGAGUAUUUGAAGCAGGCCCAAGCGGAAUCUCUGAAUGGACUUGGUAAACUCAAUACUAAACUUAUUAGGAAGCCGAGCCUCGAGAGGGAAUUAAACCUGCAACGUGGCAGUCCCGCGUUGGACAGCGGGGCAGGUAGCUCGCGAUCCGAUAGCCCGCGCCUCACAGAACUUAGCACGCAUCCACAAUUGAGUCGUCAAUACUCGCCCAGUAACUUCGUGGAUCGCGAGCCGCCGCCGCCGCCGCCACCUCGGUGCAGUUCCACGCCACCGCCACCACCGCCACCUCACGCACCAUAUAGUCAAUCCAAUGUGCCUACCAAUAUGCAGCAAAUGCUCAAACGAAUGUCACCUGCGCCGGUCGUGCCGACGAGAUCGACGGCGACGGGAUCCGGCACGGCCGGCGCCACAUCAACGUCAGCAAACCCACCGCAACGCGGCACUAGUCCGGUGGCGAACGCCAACAACACCAGCAGUCGGCAGCCGAUGAUUGUGCAAAACGGUCCGCAGGUGCAGCAGCAGCUGACGCAGCAAAUGCAGGCUCUCAGUAUUUAUCAGACGAGCAAUAGCAACGCAAACACCCAAGUCGAACCUCCGCCGCCAUAUCCUAUAGUUCCGUCCUCGUCCUCCGGUCAAUCGGUGCAGCCGCCUUCUUACAGUGUCUCCAUGCAGAAUCGGCAGAGCCCCACGCAGUCGCAGCAGGAUUAUCGUAAAAGUCCGUCGUCAGGCAUCUAUUCAGGUCCGACAUCCGCUGGUACACCCAGUCCCAUCACCGUAUCUACGAUAUCGCCUAGCACCACGCAGACGUCUAUGGCCCGGCCGACACCGUUGCAAGCAUGGGGCGCGCGACAAGCCAAGACGCAGCCACCAAUCAUCAUGCAAUCGGUGAAGAGUACGCAAGUACAGAAACCGGUGCUGCAGACUGCUAUCGCACCCACGGCGCCGCAGUCGAUCUCCAGCAGUACCAGUAACACGCCACCCCCGCCGCCCUCUUAUGCGUCAUCCAUUCAGCAGAAGCAACAACAGCAACAACCGCCACCCGCCUACCCGCCCGUGAACAACGUGGCCGCGUCACCCGCUGGUAUACCGACGACGGAACCGCCGAGUUACGCCACAACGAUGCAGGCGUUAGCGGCGCAGCGCGGUAUGCAUCAUCCGCUGCCGCCACCACCGUACAGCACUCCCACCGAAGACACUGCAAUUAUUUCCUCCGCAAUGGAGAGCGGCAGCGCGGCGUCGCGAACUUCUCCCGUUGCUCAUCCGCCGCUUCAAAGGAAAUAUUCGCCGGCUGAUAACUGCCAGCAUACAAUGGACGCGCCACCAUUACCACCAGUUGCCUCGACCUCCGUGUCCGUAAGGAACAACAACAACAAUCAUUCGUCCUUACCCGAGGGCAAUACCGUCAGCGCCAAGGGCAGUGGCAAUGGCACCAAAGGCGAUGGCAGCAGUGGCACGCCCUCGCCCUAUAAAAUUCAUAAGCAUCAAUCUCCCAUACCCGAGCGCAAGACUAUGAGUAUAGAGAAGGAAGAGGAGCGCAGGGAUUGCAAGGUGAGAAAUUACUCUCCCCAGGCAUUCAAAUUCUUCAUGGAGCAGCACGUAGAGAACAUACUCAAGUCGCAUAAGCAGCGUCUCUAUCGGCGUAUGCAAUUGGAAACGGAGAUGGCAAAGAUCGGUCUGAGCGCGGAGGCACAGUGCAUGAUGAGAAAGAUGCUGUCGCAAAAGGAGUCCAAUUACAUUAGAUUAAAACGGGCGAAAAUGGACAAAACGAUGUUCACGAAAAUCAAGCCGAUCGGCGUUGGCGCGUUUGGCGAGGUCACGCUCGUCAGGAAGCUCGAUACCAAUCAGUUUUACGCGAUGAAGACUUUGCGGAAGGCCGACGUGCUGAAUCGUAAUCAAGUCGCACACGUGAAGGCUGAGCGUGAUAUACUAGCGGAAGCUGACAACGAGUGGGUCGUUAAGCUCUAUUACUCAUUCCAGGAUAAGGAUAAUCUAUAUUUUGUAAUGGAUUACAUACCUGGCGGGGACUUGAUGUCGCUAUUGAUUAAAUUCGGCAUCUUUAAAGAGCCACUGGCGAGAUUUUAUAUUGCCGAGCUCACGUGCGCAGUUGAAAGUGUUCACAAAAUGGGAUUCAUUCAUAGGGACAUUAAACCAGAUAACAUUCUAAUUGAUCGCGAUGGACAUAUUAAAUUGACUGACUUUGGCCUCUGCACAGGAUUCCGUUGGACUCAUAAUUCUAAAUAUUACCAACAAAACGGACAUGGUAAACAAGACUCAAUGGAUCCAGCUGACGAUUGGAACAACGAAUGUCAAUGCAUGCAGUUAAAACCAUUAGAACGUAGAAGACAUAGAGAACAUCAGAGAUGUUUGGCGCAUUCUCUGGUUGGAACACCGAAUUAUAUCGCGCCGGAGGUCUUACAGCGAACAGGAUACACACAGUUAUGCGAUUGGUGGAGUGUAGGAGUAAUUUUAUAUGAAAUGUUAGUUGGUUCUCCACCAUUUCUUGCCAAUACUCCUGCUGAAACUCAAUAUAAGGUUAUUAACUGGGAGACAUCGCUUCAUAUACCGAAACAGGCAAAUCUUUCGCUGGAAAGUUCGGAUUUAAUCUUGAAACUUUGCAAUGGCGCUGAUCAUCGCUUAGGUAAAAAUGCGAAUGAGGUGAAAAAUCAUCCGUUCUUUGCGAGUAUCGACUUCGAGAAGGGAUUACGGCGCCAAAUGGCUCCACACAUACCUCGUAUAGAAUAUCCGACCGAUACGAGCAAUUUCGAUCCCGUGGAUCCUGAUAAGCUUCGCAAUUCUGAAUCAUCAGAUUCGAACAAAUCGGACGAAUUGCUGGAUAAUGGGAAGCCGUUUCACGGUUUCUUCGAAUUUACAUUCAGGCGCUUUUUCGAUGAUGGCGGUGGUCCCGCGUAUCCUAGUCGAAUCAGCUUGGAUGACAAUGACAAUCAAGAUUUUUAUCAAAAACAAACUAAAUUUUGGAAGACCGAUAUAUGGAUAUUAUAAACAAAUGUCAGACUCAUUGACAUUUAGCUUUAAAAAUAUAAAUGCGAAAGAAAUAUGUAAUGUAUAUAUGGUAAAGCUCAACAUGAAAAUAAUCCGAACUAUAAAGAUCUGACAAGUAUGUAUAUUUUCCAUGUAAACAUGUGCAGAUGACUAUCCUAUCGACAAUAUAUAUAUAUCAAAAUAUCGGAUAUCCAAUGGAUAUCGCCAAAAUGGCGAUAGAAAAAAAUAUAAGAUAAAAUUAAAUUGUUUUAGUUGUCCUAA